AUGGUACAAUCUACUGAACUGUUGUUAAUAACUAUUGCUGUUGUUGCCAGUUUCUCUAAGGCUCUACCGGAGUCGUGCAACAAAGCAUCAUGGACAAUUGCUGGUUUCGAUGUUAUCUCAAGACACCGUGGACAUAUCACACUGGUCGUUUUUAUGCCGCUUGAUUGCCAUGACUGCGAUGAGCGAUUGAGUCAGCUUCAACAGCUAUGGGACAAUGAAAAGGAUCUUCAUAUACUGAUUGUUUCGCCAAGCAAUACAUUCUAUGAUGCUGGAGCUGAAAAACGCCGGAAAUACACAGGCCUUAAAUUUUGGGUAGAUUCUGAGUUUGGUUCAGCAUGGAAACAGAUCAGUGCAAUUCCUCAUGACCACCUCAUUUACGACCGUUGUGGUCGUUUAGCUGCAGCUAUACGAGCCCCAAACACUGAUAUAUCUCAAUACAAUGAUGUGCCUAAUGCAGUUAAAAAAGUUAAAAUGUUUCCUCCGUGUGGGUGGUGUCAAUACGAUUCACCAAACACACAACAAAAACAACGAAAACCGGAUGCAGCUUCAAAUUAUUCAAAUAUAUCAGUAACAAAUACAUAUCGACUUAAUUAUGACAGACGUACAACUAAACAGCCAUCAUAUCAGCCAACUCAAGGCACUUAUCCGAAGCGUCAACCGUAUCGCAAUAUUUCUGCAGUCUUACGAUGUUCAGAACUAUUAGAACAGGAUAUGAACAGUUUUAUGCUUAUCAGGAAACCAAAUGACAGUGUUCGAGCAGAGAGUACCGAACAGCGGAAUGAGCAACAGCGACUUCGUGCUCCUUUAACGAAAAUUCAGGAAAAUGCUCCGAUUAAGGACAGACUGCCGAAUCGAAUGCAGCAGAAUCGAAACAACAUGCGAAAAGGAAGGCCAGCACAACGUUUCCGUACCCAGCCGCAGAUAUCCACUACUCAACGAGCAAAACUGGAUAAUAAACCAGUUACGUAUCGGCAGCAUCAACCAUAUCCAACUGAAAGUUAUAACAGAGGUGAAAAUCGCAGAACAGAUGGUUUUUCAACUCCACAAAGAAGCGACCGUAUGACUGCAAGUCUUUGA